UUAUCUCUAACUUUCCCGCUUCGUACUCCGCGAAGAUGAAUCCUCCGAAUCCCUUCUUCCAUCCAUCCUUCACUUUUCUUCCCCAAAUCCCUAAUCCUAACCCUAGCCCUAACACUAAUUUCUCUUACUCUAUUCCUCCAAACCCUCACACACUUGUUCCUAUAAUCUCCUCUGAUACGAUCUCCGACCCUCCUUCAAAUCUCGAUCUUCAGGGCACCGUUUCAGUAAUCAAAGACCUAAUCAAUCUAGCCGAGAGCACCGUAAAGGCCGUCUCUGAUCUUCUCUAUUCCGGCAAACCCCCUGAAUUCGACGAUGAUUUCUGUUCCUGCCCGUUUGAUUCUCGCCACCGCAUGGCGCCGGAGUUCCUCUUCCGUCAUUCUCUCCGGUGCUCUUCUUCGCCUGCUGUUGUCGAUCUCGAACUUCUGGAGUCUCUCCAUUAUCCCAGUUCUCUUAAAACGGAAGACGAGUUGCGGAGAGAAAACCGAUUCGUUCAGUCUCUGGAGGAACCCGAUUCUGAGCUGUGCUUUUCUCUCGAUGAUUACGGUGAUUUUGGUACCAAUUUCUUUUACAGGGAUUGCCCGGGUGUUGUUUCUUCCUCUGAACAAGAUGCUGCAAAGAAGACAUUUACACUUCCCUGCGUUUUAUCCUUGGAGUGCGCGAACUUUAUUUCUAACACUUACGGAGAAGUUAUGGAUUUGCCGAGAGAUUAUCUGACGAUUCUUCCAUCGGAAUUGUGGGCGUUGAAAAAUGAAUUAGAGUUGUGGAAUGAUUAUCCAUCUUCUUAUUCUUAUAAUGUUCUUCGAGUUGCUUCAUGCUUACGGAUGAUUAAAGAGGCUGAUAUGCUGACAUGGGUAAUUUCAAACUCGCCGCUUUAUGGAAUUGUUAUAGACGUGUAUAUGAGGGAUCACAUAUUUCUGCUGUUGAAACUGUGCUUGAAAGCAAUAUCACGCGAAGCAUUUCGUUCUAGUGGGUUGCUGUUGAGAGAAGCCUCGAAGGAGGGCAACGGGGAGUUGAACCCAAAGACUUUGAGUUUUGAGUGUCCAAUUUUGGUUGAAGUGCUGAAAUGGUUAGCAUCUCAGCUUUCUGUUUUGUACGGGGAAGCAAAUGGAAAGUUCUUUUCUAUUAAUAUGCUUAAGCACUCUCUAUUAAAUGCUGCAUCCGGUUUGUUAUUGUUUCCUUUGGGUCAGAGACAGGCAGUAGCUAUUGAUUCUAAAGCGGAAGAUCAUGGGAAUUCUGAUGAAAGCGUCAGUGAUUUAGGCAGUGAAUUUGUUCGAUUAGAAACAACAGGAGGUGUCAAACUAGAAGAGCCUUCCAACAGUAGAAAACAUGGAGGUGGGAGUUUAUUUAGUGAUGAAAAUGCUGGUAUUAGCCAGGUUUUUGUUUCCCAAGUUGCAGCAGCAAUUGCUGCUUUGCAGGAACGAUCCUUGCUUGAGGAAAAGGUCAGGGGUUUAAGAUAUGCGGGGCCAAUUUCCAAAUCUCAUCUGAUGGUUGAAUAUACAAAUUUGUCAAUGAGAGCUGAUGAGGAGCGUCAUAAACGUUUGAAUUACAGACCUAUUAUUGAGCAUGAUGGACUUCUUUUGCAGCCAUCACAGAACCAGGAAACAAGUAAGGCUAGGACAAGAGAAGAACUGCUGGCAGAGGAAAGGGAUUACAAACGGCGAAGAAUGUCAUACCGCGGUAAGAAGGUGAAGCGAACAAAAAUUCAGGUGAUGCGGGACAUAAUCGAGGAGCACAUGGAGAAAAUUAAACAGGCAGGAGGGAUUGGAUGCUUUGUGAAAGGAGCCUCAGAGGGUGGGAGGUUUCUAUCCGGAAUGGUUUCUGAUAAAGUUAUGACUACAGAUGUUAGUGAGUUGAACAACAGUGCAUAUGACUCAAUUGAAGCAUGUCCCGGUCCAUCACAUAGCCACGGAAAAGAAUCACGUUCUGACCAUAGUAUGGCACAUGCAAGAUCUGAUGAUGCUCGCAGUAAAGAUAGAGAAGGAUUUAGAGUGAUCCAUGACUCAAGGAAUCCACACCAUCAACAGAGACAUGAAUCUGAUGAUCACCAUGAAUCUCUAGAGAACCACCAGAGAUGUAUCGGUAGGGAUAGAAGAGAGAAAGAUAAUAUCAAGGGCAGAAGAGGGAGAGAUUAUAGCGAGGACAGAAGAGAGAGAGAUUGCAGUAAGGAUAGAAGAGAGAGAGAUUAUAGUAAGGAUAGAAGAGAGAAAGGUUAUAGUAAGGUUGGAAGAGAUAAAGAUUAUAGUUCCAGAAAUUCAGAAAGUUACAGGAGUCAAGGUCGGUCAUACGAGCAAUCUAGAAGGCAAAAGGAGCGAGAUGAUGUGGAUGUUACUGAGACCAAGUAUGACAGAAGUCAUCGUGUUUGUUCUCAUAGGUCCAAUUAUCAUGAUAAUACAUCCUUUUCUUCCUCGAUUCCUGAAAGUGAUGUAAGUGAGGAGAAACAUCAAAUGCCAGAAAUAAAAAAUAGAUGGAGGGAGAGGGUAUAUAAGAGUCGUAAAACAGAGACUGUGACACAAGAUAUGUUUGAAGACAGAUAUGAUCCUUCAAGAUCAUAUGAUAAAGAUGAGGAGGCCUAUGAUGAUUCCUCUUGUAGCAGCAGGUUUGUUAGACCAGAGUAUGAUUGAUGUCAAGCAUAAACAAGUGCAAAGAGUUGACUGGUGCUGGAAAAGGGCAUCUGCAGGAUCAUGACAAGAGGUCUUGAUUAGGUCUUUUGCUGUGCAUAGGAAGUUGUUCAGGCUUCAGGAAUUUUACCUACAUCUGUAUCCUCCUUUGUAUCCUCAAAUAUUUUUUAUUCUUUAUUGUUAAACACUACCUAUUUAACUGCUGGUUGAAAUGCUUAAUGAAGGCUAUCAAGUUUUAUGAAGUUUUUAUUUAUUUUUGUUAAAUAUGCAAUUAUACUUAAUAAUAGAAAACUGCCAACUGAUUUUAAGUUGGUAUGCUUUUUUUCUGUUUUAUUUGCUUGGAUGCAAUGUACAUGUUUGUAGAAUGUGGUAAUCAUUGUGCCUAAAUUUAGUCAAGUCCAGCAUAUCAUGCUAUCUGAUUUUCUGCCUGCAGAUAUAUAGAAGAGGAAUUCGCAUCUGUUCCCCACAGGCGCCCCACAGCACACCCCAACCAUGUAUUGGGAACAUCUCUCAAUGACAACUACGGGAGAUGUUCCCAAUGCAUGCUCAGAUGUGCAUGUGGGGCACGCUCUGUUGGGAAUCAAUGUGAACUCAUAGAAGAGUGGGUCAGCUUGGAUUGAAGAUCUUAACAAUUGCACUACUAAAAACAUUUCUUCUCUUUCAUUAACACUGUUAUCUACAUAUUUACUAUUCAAGGGAGGACUUCUGAUCUAGAUUAUCAUGUGCUGUGCUAACUCAUCGGUGCCUCUCUAGCAAUUUUUUUCCUUGUGCUGUGCAUA